AUGCCAGACCUUGUACAGAAGAAUCUGGCAGUACAAGACCUUUCCAAGCUCAAGAUUGAGGAGCUUACUCCACUUACGCCGGAGGUUAUUAGUCGUCAAGCCACAAUCAAUAUUGGUACAAUUGGUCACGUUGCUCAUGGCAAGUCAACGGUGGUAAAAGCCAUCUCGGGUGUACAAACGGUGCGGUUCAAGAACGAGCUGGAGCGUAACAUCACCAUCAAGCUCGGAUAUGCCAAUGCCAAAAUCUAUCGUGCUGAGAAUGGCACAGGUAUUGGCUGUUAUCGCGCCUUUGGUAGCUCCAAACCUGACCGUUUUACGGAUGAGAACGACGAGAAGACAGUGUGGGUGCUGCAGCGUCACGUGUCAUUUGUGGAUUGCCCUGGUCACGACAUUCUUAUGGCUACGAUGCUGAACGGUGCAGCUGUCAUGGACGCCGCACUGUUACUUGUUGCAGGCAAUGAAGUAUGUCCCCAGCCACAAACGUCCGAGCACCUUGCGGCUAUUGAAAUCAUGCGUUUGCAGAAUAUUAUUAUCUUGCAGAAUAAGGUAGAUCUGAUCAAGGAGGAUGCUGCUGUGGCCCAGCACGAGCAGAUCAAAAAGUUUGUGGCCGGUACGGUCGCUCACGACGCCCCAAUUAUCCCCAUCUCGGCCGUGCUUAAGUACAAUGUGGAUGUAGUGUGCGAGUACAUUUGCCGCAAUAUUCCUAUUCCAAAGCGGGACUUUACCUCGAAACCCAAGCUGAUUGUCAUUCGUUCAUUCGAUGUGAAUAAACCUGGUGAGGAUGUAGAAAACCUUAAGGGUGGUGUCGCAGGUGGCUCUAUUUUGGAGGGUGUGCUGCGUGUUGGUGACGAGAUUGAGGUGCGCCCUGGUAUUGUCAGCAAGGACGAGGAAGGCAAGAUGACUUGCGUCCCUAUUUUCUCGCGCAUUGUGUCACUAUAUGCUGAGAAGAAUGACCUGCAGUUUGCCGUCCCCGGUGGACUGAUUGGUGUAGGAACGCACAUUGACCCGACACUCACGCGUUCAGAUCGUUUAGUGGGCCAGGUGCUGGGCCUAAAGGGCAGUUUGCCUCACGUGUUUACGGAGCUGGAAAUCAACUUUUACCUGCUUAAGCGUCUACUGGGUGUGAAGACCCAGGAGGGUAGCAAGGCCUCAAAGGUGCAGAAGCUGUCAAAGGCUGAGGUGCUUAUGGUCAACAUCGGUUCCACGGCUACCGGUGGGAAGGUGCUGGCUGUGAAGCAGGAUCUUGCCAAGAUUUUGCUCACAGUUCCCGUGUGUACGCAAGAAGGAGAGAAAAUUGCCAUCAGUCGUCGGAUUGACAAGCAUUGGCGUCUUAUUGGUUGGGGCCAGAUCCGCCGUGGCAGCCGGAUUGAGAUUGCGAACUCGGAAUAG